AUGCCUUCCUCUGUCGCUGCGUCGAUCGCGCCCACGGCGCGUCCAACAGCGGUGGAACCAGCUCCUGCGGCUGUGUCCCCUACGGAUACAGUCAAUGGAACGCUGAACGACUCGGGUCACCUGCCUGGAGCGCUCCAGCCGCUUGAGGUCGCCGGCACGUCCAGGGCUGCGCGGCGCGAGACCACUGGUGGGAACUUGGACCCGAUCGACCCCGUCGCUCGUGACGCCGGGGAAGACGACCCAGCUGAGGCUGUCCUGCUUGGCUCGCCGCCGACGCUGGUCGGCCACGCCGUCGACACCGGCUCGACGUGUGGUGGACCUCAGCGACCCGCUGCCUGGUGCACCGCCGACGGCGCCACGUAA